CAUGUCAGUACCCCUCGAUUAUUACCACGAUGACCAUAAUUACAUGUUUUCAAAUGAUUAGAGGCCUAAGUUUCCCCCAAUAUAGUUCUCCAUCGUUGUAUGAGUAUUAACUCAAAGAAACAGAGAUGGGUUUGAAUGCCAAAGAAAUCAUAGUUUAUUUCUUGAGAAUGAUUCAGGUCUCAAUUGAGGCUAGCUUUACAUUCAUCAGAAGACACCCGUUAAUUUCUGGUGUUUUAUUAAUCUUGUGCAUCCUAUAUUUAUUCCUCUCUUACAUUUAUCACUUCCUAGUGUAUUUGUCCCCAUUUCUGGUCUGUACAGCCAUUUUUGUAAGAAUCUUUUGGAGUUCUGAGGAAGGCCUUCUCAGUUAUGUCAAAAAGGAUGAGAAGAAAGGAAAGUCGAAAGAAAUUGAAAAGCAACUUCAUAAAUUACCUGGUUAUGAGAAAUGUGACAUGCUUCUCGAAAGAAACUAUUUGCCUAGAAAUGCUACGAGCAGAAGGCGAAAUUUCACAGAUAAGAAAUGGGAUGUGCAAGAUGUUGUUCUAGAAGCACAAGGCAAGGAAUCAUCAACAAUACAAAGUUACGAUUCCGAGAAGAAAUAUGCUAAAUCUAGUGAGAAUGAAGAGAAUUCCUCCAAUUUUGCAGAAAAAUUGCAGGACACGAAUGCACAAAUUUCGCCCUUACAAUCUGAAACUUUGAUUAGUGAGCGAGUUAUAGCUUAUAAUUCUGAUCAACUAAAUAACAAAUCAGAUGGUUGUAGAGACAGACUUACGUUUGAGAAAGAAGAAAGUUCUUCCGAUCAUGCAGGAAAAUCCCAGAAUACCUAUGCACAAGUCUCGCCCUUGGAAUUCGAGUCUUUAAUUAGUGAUCAAGUUAAAACAUCUGAUUCAAAUCAACAAAAUAACAAAUCAGAUGUUUGUAGUGGCAGGCCUGCGUUCGAGAGAGAAGACAUGGAGGAAAGAAACAAAGAGGAGGAGGAGGAAGGAGUAGGAGAGGGAGAAGAAUCGCAAGAUGAAGAAGAAUUGCAAGAGGAAAUGAACAAACCAGUGGAAUGGUCGAAGGAUGAUCGAAAAAACUUGAUGGAUCUAGGUAUUUUAGAGAUUGAGAGAAACCGAAGGCUGGAGAGUCUGAUAGCGAGAAGAAGAGCAAGACAACAAAUGAAGAUACAGAUGGAGCAAAGUCUGACCGAUUUAAGAACUUCUCCGAGCCGGAUGGCUCCUCUAAACAUCACAAGAAUGGACCCAUUAAACUCACCAAGGAAUUAUGGAGGGAUUGAAGGAUUAGAGAUACCUGGGUCAGCUCCGUCGGCUCUACGACCCUCACGAAACCCUUUUGAUCUUCCAUACGAUGCUUCAGAAGAGAAACCAAAUCUCACAGGAGAUAGCUUCCACCAAGAAUUCAUAUCGAAGGACAUGACAUUUUGUAGACACGAAAGCUUCAGUUAUGGGGCAGCUUCUUUACAAUUUGAUGAAGAGUCAUACCCUUUCUUCAUCAACGGAAGGAGGUUUUCAGACAGGUUCAAAAGACUUCCUGACAAGGGAAACCAUGACCUGAUAAUAGAAAAAUUGUUCUCCAAAAGCAAUGAUGCUGGUGCUGGUGUCAGUACUGGAGUUAAAGCUCCCAAACCCCUGUUAGUCAAAUUUGAAACAACAGACCAAGAGAACGCUAAAAGCAAAACUGAUAUAUUUGGCCUGAGAUGGAAGAAACUGGUGAAUGCUCAAGUACAAAAAUCCUUCUCAGAUGUCAAAGUUGAGUCAGGCUUCGUGGAAAAUAACAACCAUGGGUUUGUUGAAAUCGAUCACAAUGUCUCAAAUAAUGGCAGUUUUGGAGUUUUAGAGAAGCCAGAAGAAUCAAAAACUCAUCAUAAGCCUAUUAAUAAGAAGUUCCUAAACUUCCCCAUAGCUACUGGUACUGCUAUUUGUGAGGCACCACUUAACUCACUUUCAUAUCCAACCAGUAAGAACCAGGAGGACAUGCCUUUCCCAGAUAGAUGCAUCUUUCAUGAGCCAACAUGUUCAAUUGCUUCUGACUUACAAGUGGAGUUCUCAGAGAUAGGAUCGCCAACAACACUCACAAUAGAUGGAGAAUCUGUGUUGUUUGAUGGGGACAUUGAUAAAGAGACUGUUCUUUCUCCUAAGAGUGAUGAUUUAGGGCCAAUCUCUAUCAAUUUAAGAGCUGGUGAUAAGGAUAUUGCAGAGGUGAGCAAUAACAGCCCAAAGAGCAGUUCCAUCUAUUUGUUGCAAAAAGUAGAAGAUGUUAUAGAUGUGAGUUCACUCUCCUCAACAUCUGACUUUUAUGGGGACAGUCCAACUCUUGGGAAAAUCAAUUAUGAUUACAACUUUUUCAGUGAUAUAAGAAAAGAUAAGGCUGAAACUCAAGUAACACAUCCUUCAGAUUUUCUUAUUGGUAGGUCUGUGGAUCAUCUAUCUCGUGAAACACAAUUUGAAAGGAGAGAGGUUAGGCAAAGCCUUUCAAGAAAUUCAGAAACUGAAGCACAAAUUGUGGAUCAUCAUGUGAGUUCACCCUCCUCAACAUCUGAUUCUCAUGGGGACACUCCAACUCAUGAAAAAAUCAAUUAUGAUUAUAAUGUUUUCAGUGAUAUGAAAAACAAUGAGGUGGAAACUCAUGCAACACAGACUCCAAAUUCUUCAAAUUUACUUAUUAGUAGGUUUGUGGAUUAUCCACCUCAUGAAUCACAAGCAGAAAAGCCAGAGGAAAGGCAAAACCUUUCAGAGAAUUCAAAAAUUGAAGUACAAGUUCUGGAUCAUCAUGUGAAUGAUUUAUCAGCCACUGACACAGAGAACUCAAAUAGAAAUGAAGAUCUAGGGCCACCAGUUGUGCAUCAACAUCACGAAUCAAUCGACGCUGUGUCUAUAAACACACUUUCAUCCCUUUCACUAAGAUCUUUGUCCCCUGAGAAGACCUUUGUGGAUCAUGUUUCUUUAUCUUCUUGUAAUCAACAUAUUAGCACAGAGGUUCCAUUAUUGAAUAUAGAAGACAUGGCACGAGAACCUCCAAAUAGUAAACUUCAUUCCAACAUUAUACCUCCUAUUAUGCAGCCUCUGUCUAUUGAUCCAAUUACCCAAACACAUACUAGUGUGUCCUGUGAUUUUCAGGAACCAUCUUGCCCAUCAACAGCGACCGAUGAUUACAACAGCCCAAGAAAAUCGGGCAAAUUAGUCUAUGACGAUGAGGAUAGGAAGGAGAAUGACUUGUUAAUCAUGUCCAAAAGCAUGGAGCUUGCCGAUCCUUAUGAGAAUCUCGUGGAUGAAAAAAUCUCUGGCAAGAAGAAUGAUGCAGGACAGGAGAAGUUUAAGAAUGGUGAGAGUAGUGAAGACAAAUCAGCAUCGGUACUUAGACAAGAUGAUUCUAUACAAUCCCUUACUUCAGAUCAAAUGAAAGCUAUGGAGGAAAUCAACAAUAAAUUAGUAGUUGAUAAUGAUGAAGUAACAUCGAGUUCUUCAAAAGUAAAUGAGAAUAUUGGUAUUCCAACAACCAUAGGUAGUGUCCAAAUGGAUGUAAAGUUAGCUCAACUUGCAGAUGCUGACCUACCAAAGCCAAAAAAGCCAACUUUCAAUUUAGAAGAAGUUUGCAAUAUGCAUAGUGAAUCAAAGAAGGGUCACAAUGAGGAGGGAAUAAAAGGGAAAUUGAAGAAUGAAAUUCCACAAAAGCCAAGCAUGUUGAAUGAUAGCUCAGAAGAAGAAAGGAAUGAGCAAAGUGAGUCAAUGAAGAAUGAUGCAAAAAUCAAAGAGAAAUUAAAAAAUGACACCCCAACAAAGCUAGAUGAGACAAAUGAUAGCUCAGAAGAAGUGCAUGAAUCACAAAGUGAGUCUAAGAAGAAUGAUCUAAAAAACAGUAACAAGGAAGAAAUCAAAGAGGAGUUGAAGAAUGACACCCCAACAAAGCUAGAUAAGACAAAUCAGAACUUGGAAGGAGUGAGUGAAAUGCCAAGUGCGUAUGAGAAGAAUGAUCUAGAAACCAACAACAAGGAAGGAAUCAAAGAGCAGCUCAACCAUGACACCCCAACGAAGACAAAUAAACCAAAUGAUAGCUUUGAAGAAGUGAGUAAAGCACAAAGUGAGCUAAAGAAGAAUGAUCCAUACAUGGGCAACAAGGAAGAAAUCAACGAGAAUUCAGGCAAUGUGAUAACUUAGGAGAAGUGAGUAAAGUACAAAGUGAGCCAGAGAAGAAUAAUUCAGAAAUGAGCAAUGUGGAAGAAAUCAGAAAAAUGUUAAAUAAUAACACGCCAACAAAGCCAGAUGAGCUCAAUGAUAGCUUCGAAGAAGUUAGUGAUGUGCAAAGCAAGAAAAAGACCAGUGAAGAAAUCAACAAUAAGGAAGACGUCAAAGAGAGUUGUAUAUUAUUCUAUUACUAGUCACACCAGGCUCAUAUCCCCCACAUAAAAUGUAAGAUGCAAAUAAUAACACAAGAGUUCCUUGUAGGUGUCAGAUUCCUCUUAUUUGUAAAUGAUCUUCACCAUUUCCCAUGAGUUUCUUGUUUUCCAUUUUAUGAAUGUAAAAUGAUCA